AUGACACCAAUCAAACGACCUCUAUCCAUUCCUACUCCGCCGAGCAGCCCAGAGCCAGGCCGACCCGGAUCGAAGAGCUUCAACGGAUUCCUACCUCCCUCUAUUCCACGCAAGACUAGACGAAGCCAGCGAGGGUUCCCUCUGUUCAUCGUCAUGGAUAAUAUCAACCUUCCAUCGGAAUCUGUACCGCCAGAGCUAAGAGUGGGAUGCGAGCAGAUCCUCAAGAGGGCCAAGGAGUUGAAGAAAGCCGAGCCUAUCGUUGCAUAUUGGUGCUGCUUCUCUGCCGCUCAGAAAGCUCUCAAGAUCCCUAACAGAUCAGCAGAAGGGACGAAGUUUCUGCUUAAUCUCCUGGACUGCCUGGAAGAGAUGAAAGCCUUGUUGGAUUCGAAUGAUGCGAUAAUCACGGAGGCUGCUGGAGCUGCUUAUGUCGAGAACUUUGCACUGAAAGUCUUCAUGUCUGCUGACAACGACGAUCGAAACGGGGUGACCGGAAAGGCCACCAUCCGAAAGUUCGUGGUUGCGGGCCAAUUCAUCGAGGUUCUGAGAUGUUUCGAGAAUGGGAUGACGGAAGAGAUGGAGCAAAAGCUGCAGUACGCACGAUGGAAAGCUGCAGACGGUGCCAAAGCUUUGCGAGAAGGGAGAGAACCUGCAUCUGGACCACCCAUUCCUGAUCUCGACAUGAACCCGCUUCCUUCGAUUCCCUCUGGCUCCCCAGAAUCGGGCCCAUCUACUGUCAAGGAUUCCCCUCCUCUGGUAGCAGCACCAGACUCGUCACUAGCGCCGUCUACGACUCAUCCUCGUGACUCCCCUUCAGAAUCGCGGCCGAAACUCCCUGAUAUCGAUACUGGAAGCAACAAUCUCCGGACACCUAGACGUGACCAUUCGAGCGGCAGUGGAGCUUGGAGCACCGUCGCGACGCCAGGAUUAGCGGAAGAGAACGAGCAUGAGAAGAUGUUCCCUGCGGCCUCCGCUCCCCCUCCUGGUCUCGCGUCUCCCCCUCGAUCACCUGCUACUGGAGAGAGGAAGAAUGUACGAUUCAUGGGUCCGGAUGGCGCGCCACUCUCACCGGCGCAGACAUACUUCUCUGUCGACUCGGUUGCCCAUCCAACUGCUCCGCCUCCCACCACCAUAGAGGAUUCUCCAUCCUUGCCUAGCGUCAAUCUACCCCCUGCAACAUCAAGACCUCGAGGAGAUAGCGGGGCCUCCAAUAAUUCCAUUCCGAGGUCAAUGGCACCAAUCGACGGCGCUCGAGGGAACGGCCAAAAUGGGAAUGCAUCGGUGAAAAGAGCGAGUCCGAAACAUUCACCACAUCUUAAUCCGAUCGACACACCGCCACCGCCUCCUCCAUCCCUUGCAUCUAUCAGUCCGACUGCUCCACAGCCUGCUGUGUCCCACAACAACGGACCGAGCGGCGGCAGUGGCGGUGGACUAGGACUUGCCCCUGGUCCUCCUGCUUCCUCUGCCCCUGUCUCCCUUACGAGGAAACAAGUCGACCAAGUGCAGAAGCACGCCAAGUGGGCCAUCUCUGCACUCGAUUAUGACGAUUAUGAGACUGCCAAGGAACAGCUGAAGAAGGCUCUGGCCAUGUUGGGCCCAUGA